UCAACCACACCACACUGCCACAUUACAUGAUCUUUAUAUUUGACAGUCUAGUGUUCCUUAUGUUCUCGGUUCUCACCCAUUUCCUUACUCUUUCACUCUACUUUUCAGACAACACUCUUACCCCUCCUUGUAUGAUGGAGAAGAUCCAGCACAGUGAGGUGGAAGUAAAGGGACUGAAGCUGCACGUGGCAGAGAUUGGAAGUGGCUCCAAGGCAGUGGUGUUCUUGCAUGGAUUCCCAGAGAUCUGGUACACAUGGAGGCACCAAAUGAUUGCUGUGGCAAAUGCUGGUUAUAGGGCAAUUGCCUUUGAUUUCAGAGGCUAUGGACUCUCUGAGCAACCAGCAGAGCCUGAAAAGGAAACCAUGUUUGAUCUGGUUCAUGAAAUAGUGGGUCUUUUGGAUGCUUUAAGCAUCAGCAAGGCUUUCCUUGUUGGCAAGGAUUUUGGUGCCAUCCCAGGACAUCUUACUACUGCAGUACACCCAGAAAGAGUAGCUGGUAUCAUAACUUUAGGCAUUCCUUUCAUGCUCCCGGGUCCCUCUGCAGUGGAGAGCCACCUUCUGCUCCCCAAAGGGUUUUAUAUUACUAGGUGGCGGGAGCCUGGGAGGGCAGAAGCAGAUUUUGGCCGCUUUCCUGUGAAAUCAGUGAUAAGGAACAUCUACAUUCUCUUCUCUAGAAGUGAGGUUCCAAUAGCAGCUGAUGAUCAAGAAAUCAUGGACUUGUUUGACCCAUCUACUGCCCUACCUCCAUGGUUCUCUGAGGAAGACCUUGCAACAUAUGCAUCAUUAUAUGAAAAAUCUGGAUUCAAAUAUGCAUUGCAGGUUCCUUACAGGAGUAUUAAUGUGGAUGCUGGCUUAAGUGAUGUAAAAGUUACUAUUCCAUCACUUCUGAUCAUGGGUGAGAAAGAUUAUGUGUUCAAGUUUCCAGGCAUGGAGGACUAUAUUCGAAGUGGGGCAGUGAAAAAUUUUGUGCCGGACUUGGAAAUCGUGUAUAUUCCAGAAGGAAGCCAUUUUGUGCAUGAACAAAUGCCAGAGAAGGUGAACCAGUUCAUCAUUGAGUUCCUUGACAAACAAAAUAUAUGAACGUUUGCUUUCAGGCUAAAGGUUUGGUGUAAUAAAGUUUGAUUCACGUUAUUUUUCUUUAUAACCCUUACAGCUUGUAUUAUGUCAAAUUAUUUGACAUGGAGAGAUGAGAGAGUAUGUAUAUUUGAUAAUUGGCGUAAGCAAAUCUAAAUGAUGUGGAAAAUUCAGGACUCUUUCGAUGCUGCUUAAUCUGCCCAAGUUGUAAUGUCUGGUUCUAAAACUUUAAGCUUAUUAAUGGAAUAAUAGAAAGAUUUGUAAGGGUA